GAACGGUCGAUUCCAGCGGGUAUAAAUUGCGCGGAGUAGGCGCCGCCCGGCCAACAGUCGCUGCUCGCCGAUCCGACGUUGCACGUCGUAUAGUUGUUAGCAAAAGCUCCAUUACUUGCUUUCGCCAACUAUCGAUCGCCCCGUGGUGGCUAUUUCCUAGCUCCGUUUUAUAAGAGGACCACGAACGACCCGUAAUACAAAAUGCGUGAGUGCAUCUCAAUCCACGUUGGACAGGCCGGUGUACAGAUCGGUAAUGCCUGCUGGGAGUUGUAUUGCCUGGAACAUGGCAUCCAACCGGACGGUCAGAUGCCGUCCGACAAGACUAUUGGAGGUGGAGACGACAGUUUCAAUACCUUCUUCAGCGAGACUGGUGCUGGCAAGCACGUACCCAGAGCUGUCUUUAUCGAUUUGGAACCUACUGUAGUCGAUGAGGUUCGCACUGGAACUUACCGUCAGCUCUUCCAUCCGGAACAAUUGAUCACUGGCAAAGAGGAUGCUGCAAACAACUAUGCUCGUGGUCACUACACGAUCGGUAAGGAGAUCGUUGAUCUCGUGCUGGACCGUAUUCGCAAGCUCGCGGACCAAUGCACUGGCCUACAGGGAUUCCUCAUCUUCCACUCGUUCGGCGGUGGCACCGGUUCAGGAUUUACGUCCCUCUUGAUGGAGCGUUUAUCAGUCGACUAUGGCAAAAAGUCGAAACUCGAAUUCGCCAUUUAUCCCGCUCCACAGGUCUCCACCGCCGUGGUCGAGCCGUACAACUCCAUCCUGACAACGCACACCACGCUUGAGCAUUCCGAUUGUGCAUUUAUGGUCGACAAUGAGGCUAUCUACGACAUUUGUCGUCGCAACUUGGACAUCGAGAGGCCAACCUAUACGAAUCUGAAUCGCCUGAUCGGUCAGAUCGUAUCGUCGAUCACAGCAUCUCUGCGAUUCGAUGGUGCUCUGAACGUCGAUCUGACGGAAUUCCAGACCAACUUGGUGCCCUACCCAAGAAUCCACUUCCCCCUGGUAACAUACGCGCCUGUUAUCUCGGCUGAGAAGGCUUAUCACGAGCAGCUUUCCGUCUCUGAGAUUACAAACGCUUGCUUCGAACCGGCUAAUCAGAUGGUCAAGUGCGACCCGCGUCAUGGCAAGUAUAUGGCGUGCUGCAUGCUCUACCGUGGAGACGUUGUACCCAAAGACGUCAACGCGGCCAUUGCUACCAUCAAGACUAAGCGCACCAUUCAGUUCGUCGAUUGGUGUCCCACCGGUUUCAAAGUCGGCAUCAAUUAUCAGCCACCGACUGUCGUACCUGGCGGUGACCUCGCCAAGGUCCAGCGCGCCGUCUGCAUGCUUUCGAACACCACUGCCAUCGCGGAGGCCUGGGCCCGACUAGAUCAUAAGUUUGAUCUGAUGUACGCUAAGCGUGCAUUCGUUCACUGGUACGUCGGCGAGGGUAUGGAAGAAGGAGAGUUCUCCGAGGCGCGUGAAGAUCUUGCCGCACUCGAAAAGGAUUACGAGGAGGUCGGAAUGGAUUCCGCAGAAGGCGAGGGCGAAGAGGGCGCCGAGGAGUACUAAGAUACAAAUAUUACUUGCCCUUCUGUCACACGGCUUUGAAAUAUCUUCAUGUGUUUUGAAAUAAAAUAACUGAAUCCCAUUUGCAACACAAA